AUGGCACCUGGCAUUCGCCGAGACCCUUGGAUAAAGCAAAGUUAUCGGAGCCAGCAGAAUCCGUGGAUCCUGGAGAAGUUCGGAAAACACCCCCCAUAUUCGCCAAUACGACAUCCAUCAUUAUUCAGAGCCUUUCAGAGCCUACCUCGCAAGCAGCUGGUUUCCUCCUCCCAGCUGGUGGCCCUUAGAUGGCUGCAGAUGUCUUGGUGGUACAGGCGCAUGUGCUUCGUGCCUUGGCGGGCCGCCUGGAUACGGCCACGGGCAGGAAGCGCUUCCACGACAGCUCUCGGCAUUGAAGUAGAUCACUCUGGCUCUUGUCGAUCAGGAAUCAGGAGCACUGGAGUAGAGUCAGCUCGAGAAGUUAGCGUGGAGUUUGCUGGUCAAAGUUUUAGCCAAUCCGCGCCACCGGCUGGACAACUGUGGAAACAUGGAACCAUUCAUCGACGCCAGGAACGAGACGGAGUUACCACAGCCCAAGCGCCAACCAGGGCGCCGCCAUUUCUCAUCGCAUUGACGAUUGUUGUAAGGGCCAAGUGUUGCUACUUUUCUCGGCGUGAGAGCACUGACGAGUGA